GCUUCGAGCACUUUCCAGUGGAGGCAGUGUGUCUUCCCCUCCUGCCUCUCCUGCUAUGCCAAAGUACAAGUUGGCCGAGUACCGUUACGGCCGAGAGGAGAUGCUAGCACUUUAUGUCAAAGAAAACAAGGUCCCUGAAGAAAUGCAGGAUAAGGAGUUUGCUACUAUUCUGCAGGAUGAGCCUCAACAGCCACUGGCACUGUUGGCUCUCACUGAAGAGGAGCAGAGGAAUUUCUCCAUGUCUGUCAACAGUGUGGCUGUACUGAGGCUUAUGGGUAAAGGGGGCGGAGCCGCCCCAGCUGGGGUGACUCGAGGUAGAGGCACUGUGCGAGGUGGUCGAGGUCGAGGAAGAGGAGAGGGCGGAUUCUACCAAAGAAGCGUUGAGGAAGUUGAGGGCGGUUUUGGUCGUAGCGUUCGAGAGAUCCAUCGCAGCCAGAGCUGGGAUGACAGAAGUGAGCGGCGUUUUGAGAAACCUCUGCGGAGGGACGUUGUGCGUUUGGGUUUCGAGGAAGCGGCUCCAGUUGGCAGAAAGGAGUUCAUGCGCUCUGAUAGCGACAACUGGCGCACGCUGAGAGAGGAGCAGGAGGAGGAGGAAGCGGCGGAGGCUGGCGGCAGCUGGAGAAUCACUGGCGUACGAAGAGAAGAUGGUGGCCCUCGCUCGGCUGGUUGGCGGGAACACACUGGUCCAGGUGAACCACUUCGCCAGAGGAAGUUCGACUUCGACUUCCGGGACGGAGGGAAUGAGGGAGGCAGAAGGAGAACCGGCAGCGAUGGAGCAGAAGAUGAGCGAGACGGUCUGCCAGAGUGGUGCACUGAUGAGGAAGAUGGAGAAAUGGGAACCUUUGAUUCUUCUGGAGCGUUUAUGUGUAUUAAGAAGGGUCCGAAAGACCCCAUCCUAGAAGAGGAGUUUGAGUUCCAGGGCUUGGAGGAUGAGGAAGAGGACUGUGCUAAUCUAGAGAAGAACAACGGCACUGGUGCUGUAAAAAGCGAGAAAGAUGUCAUUGACUUCGCUCCAGUGUCUGAAACUGAAGUGAAAGCGGUUUCUCCUUCCCCUCCUCCUUCUCUCCCUCCCUCUCUUCCUGCUCCUGUCCCUGAGGCUUUGCCCUCUGCUGCCCCCUCUGGCCUGGAGGAGCCUCAGCCUGUCCCCUCCAUUCCCAACAAAUUACCAAGUGAAGUGUUAUCAGAGGCCAUGUUAGAUUUGAGCCCCAGUGCCUCCUCCAGUCUGCCUUCAUCGCCUCCCUCUUCGUCCUCUGCUGCUACUGACCUCCCACCGCCGGGGGGUGAUAUUGAGGAUGACGAGGGCAUGAAGCACCUGCAACAGGAGGCAGAGAAGAUGGUGGCAGCGCUGCAGGAUACAUCUCUAGAGGAAGAGUGUUUCACCCAGACUCUUCAGGAGAGCAGAAACACAGCCUCUGCUCUUCCUCUCUCCCAUGACUCUGCCAUGAAAUGGUUUUACAAAGACCCGCAAGGAGAGAUUCAGGGUCCGUUCAGUACAGUGGAAAUGUGUGAAUGGUUUCAGGCGGGCUAUUUCGCCAUGAACCUGCUUGUUAAACGUGGUUGUGAUGAGGGAUUUCAGCCGCUGGGGGAAGUCAUUAAGAUGUGGGGGCGUGUGCCUUUUGCCCCUGGCCCCUCCCCUCCGCCCCUCCUGGUGAGGAAUCAAGCCCAUCUUCGCCCUCAACCACCCCGGGGGGCAAUCGGUAAUAUGGAUCAGGAGCGGCUGAAGAAGCAGCAGGAAUUAGCAGCUGCCACGGCUCUUUACCAGCAGCAACUGUUUCAGCUCAUCAACAGGUGUGGAGAGCAGGGUAUGAUGCCUUCGUUAAACAGGUCGAUGUCAGUGCCAGAUACAGGGUCCAUGUGGGACAUGCAUACCUCAGCCUCACAGCCAGCAGGCGGUGAGGCCAGUCUAUGGGACUUAAUGAAUUCUUCAACUCAGGGUCCAAUUCUAGAACAGAUUCAGAAGCUACAAGAGAGAAGAGAAGCUGAACUACUCAGGGCCAAGCGUGAGGAAGAGGAAAGGAAACGGAGGGAUGACAAAAGGCGAGAAGAGCAGAAAAGGAGAGAGGAGGAGGAGCUUUAUAGGCGCAAGCAGCAGCAGGAUUUGCUGAUGAAGUUGCUCCAGCAGGCUCCGCGUCAGGGCUCCUCGGGCUCCGGGUCGGGCUGGAGCGGAGGACCCAUCCCUGGGCUGGGAAAGCAGACCAAACCCCACAACCUCCUGGACAUCCAGCCGGAGGCGGAGAGAAUGCACAAACAGCAGCAUAGAGUCCAGCAACAGCAGAGGUGGAGUGAUUCCUCUUCGUUGUGGGGAGCAUCUGGGUCUUUGGAUGGAAAGGUGGGUGGUGGUGGAAGCCCCUCGGGAGGAGGGAUGGGCGUCUGGGACGAGGCCCUCAAGAACCAGAGCGCUCUUCGCAACAAUAUGGGGCUGAAGAACAGCCGCAGCAGUCCCUCACUGAGCGAGCAGUACAUGAUGAGGAGCCGUAAACGCACUGAGGAGGAGGAUCGGCUGUUGAAACUCCUGCAGGGGAUGAAGUCUCAGGACGGCUUCACCACCUGGUGUGAACAGAUGCUGCAUGCGCUCAACACCUCCGCCAAUAACUCCUCCUCUUCCCAGGAUGUGCCCACCAUUGUGGCGUACCUGAAGGAGGUGGAGUCUCCGUAUGAGGUGUUGAACUUUAUCUGCUCCUAUCUGGGCGACACUGUCGAAGCCAAAGAGUUCGCCAGACAGUUCCUGGAGCGCCGUGCCAAACAGAAAGCUAACCACCAGAGACAGCAGCAGCAGCUCUCCAAAGAGAUGGCUGGACUUAGCAUGAACAACUUCCCACUGCAGGAUACUGUACGAGGAAUGAACCCCAGCACUCUGCAGUCUAUGUUCCAGGCAGUGCAUUCUGGGAAGGGUGGUGCGGUCUAUGAUCAGGCAGCAAAGCUGAAGAAGAAACAGCCCAUGAUGCUGCACUCUGACCCAAGCAUCUUAGGGUACUCAUUCCAUGGUGGCCCUGAUCGGUAUGGUCUAAACGAGAUGGAGAUGGUCGAGGAUUACUGAAUCCACAGCAAUAGCUACACGAGGCCUUUAAACCCGCGGGUCCACCUAAUCAGACUCCGCAAGUCGAAUGUGCACUGCUUUGAGGGGGAGGGGAUUGGGGAUAAGCCAGGAGUAAGGUAUCAGUUCAGGGGUGGGCGGGGGGGUGGGACUGCGCUGGGAAUAGAAGAAUGUAAUUCAACAGGGAAGGGAACAGGUGUGAAUUUAUUUUUGUGUGUCUGUAUGUGUGUUUGGGGGACGGGGGGUGAUAAAGUUCUGGCACUUACAGCAUUAAGCACCUUACACUCAGACUAAUGCACUUUAUUAAGAUGUAAUUUGAAUAGUUUUUUUUUUUUUUUUUUUCGAGAAGAUUGUAUAUUUAUGUGGUAUGGCUUCAGAAAUAUUACCACAUACAUAUACUGUGUGUGUGUGUGUGUGUGCGCGUGUGUGUUGAAUCAGAACUGGAGUUUGUGCUGGGAGGAAACGGUGGCGAUUGGGGGACCAUUGUGUGUUUCAGUUCAGACAUUAUCAGAAAAAAAAAAUCCUCUCUUUAAAGACAAACACUGUUGUUUCAUUUUUUAUAUACAUAUAUAUAAAGUUUCUAUUAAAAAAUGUAAAGCUAUUAUAAAAAAAAAACUUUGAUUAUAAAACUUGAAGAUUUGCACUCACAUAAAAUGCAAGUUAAAAAGAUAAAAAAAAAUGUGUUAGAUAUAAUAGAGAAGAAUAUUUUUGUGAUUGUGUGCCUGUGUGUGUGUGUAUGUCUAUGCACGCAUGUUUGUUUGAGACGGAAUGAGUGUUUGUGCGCGCGCGUUUAAAACAUACCAGUCUGCACAAUGUGUUUUUUUUAAUCGCUUUAUUUAGACAUAUGAUCAAAAGAGGCCAUUUCGUCAUUCGGAGUGAAUUUUUUUUUGUAUUUUAUGAACCGAAUGAAUGUGUGAAUGCGAUCGCUUGUAUGCAGGAGGAACUGUGUGUAUUACUCCUCUUGUAAAUGUGCAGUAUGUGAGCGAAUAAAUGAGCGAAUGAAAGCAAGACAGAGAGAGGGGGGCAACGGCACAACACAUCCUCUUUCACCAGCUCUUCAUUCCCCAACAAAGAAAGACCUCUAGAUUCAAACACAAAAGCUUUAGCCCAUUUUACGCCAACCAGCACUCUUAGUUUUCGUGGCAGGGAGCGCGAGGGACGUCCUUUCCUGCCUCAUUUUUGCCUCUGUGAGGUUUAAGAACACGUCAUUAGUUUUGUCAUCAUCGUUUCGUUUGUGUGUUGUUGUUGUUGAGCUCAAUUCAAUCUUGUAUACUUUUAGGAAAUGGUUACUUGUGGUACGUACAUUGUGUGUGUGUGUGUGUGUUUUCUGUCCCCACAUGUGUGCCUAAGAACUAAAGGGCGAAUGAUUAGACUUCAUUGCUGCCAUUGAGACAUUAUUUUUUUAGCAAAGGGGCGUGGCUUCACAAGGCUCCGCCCCCACAUGCCUCCCAUGCUUUUUGAACCAAGAGCCUAUCUCUGUACAGUUCUGUUGUAGCCUGGGGAUGCUUGGAUGAAAGAAAUGUUUGAUAUUUGGAGGAUGUGACCUAACAUUGCCUUUCUGUCCACUCUCUUGUUCACGAGUGACUGAGGUUUUGACUAUUUCUGGCUAAAAAAAAAAAAAACAAGAAAACAAACAAACAAAAAAAAAAUGAUCGCAACAAACUGUGCAAGUGCACUCAGCAGUGCACACAAAAUGUUUGAAUAUUUUGUUACUUGUUCAUUGUUGUUGUCAAUGACAAUGAUGGUGAUUUAUUUUUUUGUUUUAAUGUUAUAUAUGAUUAUAUAUGAAUCUA